AUGAAUACUAAAUAUGGAGCGACUAAUUCCAACGAUAUUACGGAAAUUGAAGAUCAGGAGACUUUAGAUAAUGAAAUCGUUUUAAGUGUGCCAUGCAAACGUCGAAGAUGUCUUCCAUGGCGGAUGAACCAGAACCUUAUAUAUGGUCUAGGUCAUAUAUACAACGAUCUGUGUGCAGCCAUGUGGUUUUCAUACAUGAUGCUGUUCUUCCAAGCUGUAAUGGAAAUGAGGGCAGUCAUCAGCGGUGCCAUGCUGCUCUUAGGCCAAGUUGUGGAUGCUCUAGCUACACCUGUUGUGGGAAUACUUGCCGACAAAUAUAGCACUAAGAAAAUUUGGCAUUUAACAGGCAGUGCACUGGUAACAUUCACUUUUCCACUUCUCUUCAUCCGAUGUUGGGGCUGUUCUUCUGAUAGCACCGCAGAAUAUCUCACCUGGUGGAUUCCAUUCUAUUAUGCUUUUUUGAUAAUAUUCUUUCAAAUCGGUUGGGCUAUUGUACAAAUAUCUCAUCUAGCGAUCAUUCCAUCUAUUACUGAGAGUCUACAAGUCCGAUCCGAGUUGACUUCAAUAAGAUAUAUGGCUUCGGUCAUAUCCAGCUUGGCCGUGUACUUUAUAACGUGGAUAGUAUUAAGAGCAACAAACUACAGCACAUUCAUCGGACCGUCAGACGAUUACAAAUUUAGGGAUGUUUCCCUUAUCAUAACUGUUAUGGGAGUAGUAUCGUAUAUUGUUUUUCACGUCUUCUUCAAUUUGAAUCCUUUAAAAGAGGAGAAACCUAAAGCGAAUGGGCAUGUGAUCGAGAGCGGAGAAAAUGAACCGCUUAAAAUGACAGCGAAAUCCAAAAUUAUGCAUUUCUUACAGAUGCCAUUGUUAUAUCAAACAAGUUUAUUGUACGUGUUCUCCCGUCUAUAUUGGGCUCUGAGCCUAGUGUACGUCCCGUUGUUCCUCGAGGAGCGUCUAUCAGUGAAUCCGAGCGAGGGAUCCGAACUUGUAGCAAGCGUGCCGCUCGUCCUGUAUAUAUCCUCUCUCGUCUUUUCCUUUCUUUUGAAAAGCAAUAUUAAUAAAAUUGGACACCAGGUAGCGUAUUUCAUAGGCAGUUCUCUGAGUUUGGUGAGCUGCUUUUGGAUAGCACUAGCUAUCUCACCGGAUGCGCAUGUUGCUCAAAUAUAUUUAGUUGCAACAUUAAUAGGUGCAGGCAGCUCUAUAACCCUUGUGUCUAGUCUCUGUGUGACAGCCGAUUUAAUUGGACCCCAUUCUCAUCAAGGCGCACUUAUAUACUCUAUUGUGACAUUUGCCGAUAAACUAGUAACAGGAAUCGCCGUAGUAGCUAUUGAAAACUACAAAUGCGACGAUACUUUGGAUUGCCCGCAAUAUUAUAGAGGGGUCCUAACUUACGCUUGUGGAGGCAGUGCAGUUCUUGGCAUUCUGUCUCUAUCAAUAACUACUUUAGGUUCGAAAAAGAAAACACCAACAUAA